CACGGGUGAGCUCUCCAGCUACCCUUUGGGGAAAGGCAAGGCUGCAGGAAGUACUCGGGACCUGUCUUUGGUGAACCAUGGGGCUCAGUGACCAGGAAUGGCAGCAAGUCCUGACCAUCUGGGGAAAGGUGGAGUCUGACCUCGCUGGCCAUGGCCAUGAAAUUUUAAUGAGACUCUUCCAGGACCAUCCUGAGACACUCGAUCGCUUUGAAAAGUUCAAAGGCCUGAAGACCCCCGAUGCGAUGAAGGGCUCUGAAGAUCUGAAGAAACAUGGAACUACUGUUCUUACCCAACUGGGCAAAAUCCUGAAGGCGAAGGGUAAUCAUGAGGCUGAGUUGAAACCCCUGGCUCAGACCCACGCGACCAAGCACAAAAUCCCUGUCAAAUAUCUGGAGUUCAUUUCUGAAGUCAUUAUCAAGGUCAUUGCUGAAAAACACGCUGCAGACUUUGGGGCUGAUGCCCAGGCUGCAAUGAAGAAGGCUCUGGAGCUGUUCCGAAACGAUAUGGCCAGCAAGUACAAGGAAUUUGGUUUCCAGGGUUAGCACACACGCACAAAGGAACACCACGAUGGAGCGCCUGGCCACGCAUCUUUCCCCAGCGCUAUUUUGGACAUCUCACAAUUGGCCAUCUCUGAUGUGUGGGAAAGCUUUGAUGAGAGGCCAAGAGCCACUCCAGGCAGCAUAGAGGCACUCAGAUUGAUAUCCAUGAUAAACUGUUGUUUCCUGGCUUCACAUAUACAAAAUAAAUAUUCUGCUUUCUUAGGAAAAAUAACAUUAGAGGUUAUCUGUGAGCUUAAGCCUAUCUUAUCCCCUUUCUCUCUCUCUCCCUGAAACUCAGUCUAAUCUGAGGGGCAAAUGGCAUGGCCAAAGAUGAAGGGAUAUGGAGGAUCAAGGGAAGUGUUGAGUGUGGUGAAUGAGUGAAAGAAUGACUCAAAUGAGACAUGUGAGAAUGGGAAGCAGGGACACAGCUUGUGGGGGUGAAUGCAGCCAGUCAGUCUCCAGUGCCUGCCAGCUCUGGAGGGUUUAGCUGUUAAACUUGCAUUAGCCAAACUAUAAAGAGCAGUACUUCCUGAGAUCUGUGGGCUUCUAGCAGUCACCACUGUGUGUCUGAAGGUCUGUUGUACUGGGAAGUGGAAUAUGUGUUUCUCAGAAAAUAAAAAUCCCUGCACCAGA